AUGGCGAUGCCCACUAUGGCCGCCAUUGCCAAGCGCAUGACCGGCGGUCCGAACGACUCCAAGUUCUUUAGCACGACGAAGAAGGGCGAGACGCACGAACUGCGCCAGGAGUUGGCCCACCCGAGUCGCGAGAAGAAGAAGGACGCGGUGAAGAAAGUGAUUGCCAACAUGACGGUCGGCAAAGACGUGUCGAUGCUCUUUACCGACGUCGUCAACUGCAUCCAGACGGCUGACACGCAGCUCAAGAAACUCGUGUACCUCUACUUGAUCAACUACGCCAAGAGCAAUCCAGACUUGACGAUCUUGGCCGUGAACACGUUUGUCAAAGACGCAGCCGAUGCAAAUCCGUUGAUUCGCGCCCUCUCGGUGCGCACUAUGGGGUGCAUCCGCGUGGACCGGAUCACCGAGUACCUCUGUGAACCCCUGCGACGGUGUCUGCAAGACGACGACCCCUAUGUGCGCAAGACCGCGGCGAUCUGUGUGUCCAAGCUCUAUGACAUCAAUCCGACAAUGGUCGAUGAGCAAGGGUUCUUGGACAUGCUACGCGACCUGCUCUCGGACCCCAACCCAACGGUUGUGGCCAAUGCGAUUGCUGCUCUGAUGGAAAUUGCAGACAAGAGCGGUGGCGUGAUGGCAUUUACCAUUACAAAAGUCGUGCUGCAAAAGCUCUUGGCAGCGCUGAAUGAGUGCAAUGAAUGGGGUCAGGUCUUUGUGCUUGAUGCACUCGCGGGGUACACGCCCGUGGACUCUCGAGAAGCGGAAGGGAUUAUUGAACGCGUGACGCCACGUUUGCAGCACGCAAACUCAGCGGUCGUGCUAUCGGCAGUGAAAGUCAUCAUGAAGUUUCUUGACAAGGUCUCGGACGCCGAGACGGAGCGCAAUUUGUCGCGCAAGAUGGGACCGCCGCUUGUGACGCUCUUGUCGGCUGAGCCAGAGAUCCAGUACGUGGCUCUGCGGAACAUCAACCUCAUUGUGCAGAAACGCCCGACGAUCUUGGCAAACGAGAUCAAGGUGUUUUUUUGCAAAUACAACGACCCGAUAUAUGUCAAGAUGGAGAAGCUUGAGAUCAUCAUUCGUCUCGUCUCGGAGCGCAACAUCGAGCAGGUGCUGCUUGAGUUUAAGGAAUACGCCACCGAAGUAGAUGUGGAAUUCGUGCGUCGUGCCGUGCACGCAAUCGGUCGCUGUGCUGUCAAGCUCAAGCGUGCUGCGGAGAAGUGUAUCAACGUCUUGCUGGAACUGAUUCAGACGAAGGUCAAUUACAUUGUGCAGGAGGCUAUUAUUGUGAUCAAGGACAUUUUCCGCAAGUACCCAAACCAGUAUGAGAGCAUUAUUGCCACGCUGUGCGAGAACCUAGACACGCUGGAUGAACCCGAGGCGAAGGCGUCUAUGAUUUGGAUCAUUGGCGAGUACGCCGAGCGUAUCGACAAUGCUGACGAGCUCUUGGAGUCGUUCAUGGAUUCAUUCGACGACGAGACUGCCCAGGUGCAGCUGCAACUUCUGACGGCUACUGUGAAAUUGUUUCUGAAGCGCCCAAACGAGACGCAGGAAAUGGUCCAGAAGGUGCUGCAGAAGGCUACAGAAGAAUCUGACAACCCGGACUUGCGCGACCGCGGCUACGUAUAUUGGCGUCUGCUUUCAGCGAACCCGGAGGCAGCUCACGCUGUCGUGCUUGCAGAAAAGCCAGUCAUUAGCGACGACACGUUUGCGCUUGAGCCUUCGAUUUUGGACGAGUUGAUUGGAAAAAUCUCGACGCUUGCGAGCGUUUACCACAAGCUGCCCAGCGCAUUCGUUGUGCGUUCACCGGUGUCGGAGCUGCGUGAACACCGCAAGGAUGCAAGCGACAGCAACGACGAGGAAGAAAAAGUUUUGUCUCAUCAGCCAGAAGACGGGUCAAGUGGUCAACAAGCUGACGGACCCGUUGUUCUGCUUGAUAUGGGUGACCUCUCUCUCGAAGGGCCUGCCCCGACCGCUUCUGCUCCUACAGCGUCAGCCAGCGCCAGCUUGGUUGACAUUUUCGGUGAUCAGGUGACCCCGCUUGCUCCGGCUGCAGUCGUCAGUGGUGCCCCCGCUGUCAAAAAGAAGGUCAUGAUGACUGCGCAGCAAGGCAAAGGUCUGGUGAUGACUGGUGCAUUCACGCGACGUAGCGGCAAUUUCGUACUUGACGUGGAUUUUGAGAACCAGUCACCUGCAUCAAUUGUGGGUGUGAGCAUCCAGUUCAACAAAAGCACAUUUGGCGUAGUGCCAAUGCAAGCAACAGUAACGUUCGCACAGCCGCUGGUACCGGGUCAAACGGCGAAUCAGAUUGUGCCAAUGGGUGUGAGCCCGCAGUUUGUCAAUGCCGCGAUUGCGCCGAACCUCAACCUACAGGUUGCAAUCAAGAACAAUUCUAGUGGCGAUGUGCUGUACUUCCAGACAGAUUUGGAUCUCGCGGCGAUUUUCUCUGAAGCCGGCAGCAUGGCUUCAACGGACUUUAUCAGCAUGUGGCAGGGUAUCGCCGAGGCGAACGAGCACUACUUCACGUUGGCAACUGGAGGACGCAGUGUUGAUGCCGUGUCAGAGCAACUGGGACGUAACAAUGUGUUCUACGUUGCGAAGCGACCCAUUGACGACAAGGAGAUUGCGUAUUUCUCUGUCAAGACCAUGACAAAUGUCGUGGCGCUCUUUGAGCUCACCUUUGACAGCUCGGGCACUACAAAGGUGUGCCUCAAGGUGGAGCAGAGGGCCUUCAGUGGCCUUUUGCAGCGAACGUUCGAGCGCUUGAUGGUGUGA